AUGCUCAGGUCGAUCAGUCACAAACGUUUGGCCCAGCCUUGGCAGCGCUCGACUCACUCUUGGAACGUCGCCUGUGUAGCUCGCUCGAGGCUCGGACGGAGGUUAUGGACAUUACCUUCCCCUGGACUACCAGAUCAUACCCUGCGUAACCACGUCGACGACGAGGGCUUGAGGACUUUGCGCGCUUUCUUUGGGGCCAAAAUAUUCGCACAGGCUGUGCCACCUACCGUUGAACAAACGUUUGCAUCGUAUUCCGGGAAUAUCAGAGCGGUAAUCGGAGUACAAAUGACCAAGCCGGCAAUCCUAAGCCGGAUCUCUGCCCGUUUACCAAUAUAUGCACAUAAAGUUUCGCCAAUCAGUCCAACUGCAGGCAACUGCUCUAUACCAAAGGUCCAGCUUUUAUAUGCGGCGCUUUCAGCCUCAUCUGAACAAAACAACAGUGACGUGUCCGAAUGGUUAAAGACCUUGGUCGGAAACGUGGUUCCGGUUAUCAUGGACACGGUCUCUGAUUGGGAAGAUGCUAACGCCCAAGGGGUCGAAUACGAACGGGAAGAAACAGGCACCGAGACAGGGAACUUCCAUUUAACGGUUAUCGACGAUGACGAUCAAGUCGAGGGUCGAUCAAGCUUCGACUUGUACGAAGACGAAGACGACCCAGAUCGGUUGGCCGAGUUACUUGCUGGUCAUUUGACUGGGCUGAAUGCCCUUGAUGAAUAA